AUGGCAGCGAAUUCCUCCCGCCCGGCGCUAACUGAUGUCCAGGCGGCGGAGAGGCGGCUGCAUGGCCGGCUGCACCGCACGCCGGUGCUUACCUGCGGGGGCCUGGACCGGCUGGCCGGGCGGCGGCUGCUGUUCAAGUGCGAGCUCUUCCAGAGGACCGGCUCCUUCAAGAUCCGGGGGGCCCUAAACGCUGUCAGGAGUCUCGUUGAGGAAAGCGAGCGUGCUGGAGGGGGCCUGCCUCGGGCCGUGGUGACGCACAGCAGUGGUAAUCACGGGCAGGCACUGGCCUGUGCUGCCCAGGCUGAAGGUAACGCCACAGCCCAACCUUCGGCCCCAGCUCAGGGGCAGCCGAGCUAGGGGUGAAUACAGAGCUGC